AUGGUAAACAGACAAAAGAGCAAGUGCCAGUUACGUUUAGAAGCCCGUUCACGCGCCAGCUGCGCUCCUACAAGUGCCUCAUUGGAUCCACAAUUACUGGCUGCUGAGUUGCAGUCACGCAUUGCGCGCGCUAAUGAGGUCCGUGCCGUCCAUACUAGACAACUAGCAGCUCGAGCUCGUGCGCGCGUGCAACAUGCCCAAGAAGUGGCAAGGGUAAUGCGUAUUAAGCGACAUGAAGAGUCUAGGCGUUGUCGUCAGUCAUCUAUUUUGAAAAUGGCUGAGGCGGUACGUCGUCGCCACGAAUUACUGGAGCAACUGCAACUUCAAUGUAAACAACGAGCCAAUCUAAUUAAGGAAAAAGUGGAGCUAGUGCGCGCUAGUCAAAGCGACAGGGUAGAUCGGGCUCGUCGUACACUCGCAGACCAACUUGAUGAUGCUACUCGUCGUCGUCAAGAGCAAACAGAACAACGUGUACGACGUUUGAUGAAGCGGCGGCACAAUGCCAAAUACCGUGCGACAAGUGUCAAGUACAUUCAACGAUGGUUUCGUCGCCAUGUGGUAUAUCAUCAGACGGUGAAAGCGUGGCGAGAAGUGCAACAAGAUAUCAGAAAAGUGACUUUCUGCUGGAAUCAGAUGAAAACGGCAAGUUUUGAGGACUGUAUGAAUCUAUUGCAACAACAUCCAGUGGUUGAAGCGGCUCAGCGAUUAGUGAAGGUUUUAAUGGCUGAUACACGAACUAAUACUACAGAUUCUAAGCCUGCGGUGGAAAAAUUUCUAGGAUAUGAUAACAAGACUUUAUUAUUAUGUUCUCAAGGAGGCAGGAGUUACCGGGUAUUACUGAUGGCAGGGAUGAUUUCAUGCCAUCCUGUGGAUAUUAUGGGCUAUAAUCCAUGUAAACGACUGUAUUAUGCUGCUAAUGCAAUUCUUUUAACUAUGGAAAAAUUGACACUCUCUUUAGCAGCUUCCAAUGGGUGUCAGCGAUCACAGGAAUUCACACAACGUGUAACUGAAUUGGCUGCAAGAUUUCUUUUUUAUACCGAGACGUUUGCAUACUGGAAAAAACAAGAUGCAAAUCAGUUGGCAGUGGAGUUGUUGACGUCAUAUCGGGAGUUGAUUAUCGUGCACAGGAAGUACAAAAUGCAAGCACAGCAAGCUAAGAAUCGAGUAGAUGGAGUGUCUGAACUUUUACGACAGACACAGGGACAAUUGAUGCAAUUGCAAAGGGCAUUGGAAAGGUUAUUAGGUAAAAAUGGUGCGAAACGAAGGGUGAUGGAGCUCGAGCAGAGUUUACGACAGGAAGAUCGAGUGGACAAUGCAUUGGUAAAUAGUAAUGGCAAGUCAAUCAAGGAAGGAGACAACAAUCGGCUGUCGUCUGGGGAGGGCGACACGGCGUCGUCAUUGCCGAUGAAUGUAGAUCAUGACAGUGGUCAGGACAAAAAAGGCGACAAAGAUGACAAUAUGUGGGGAGUUAAUGUGGUGGAUGAUGAUGCGUCUGGUGCAAUUCCACCGAACGUUAAUCAAGCUCUUCUUGCCGACCGCAAACUUGUACACGAGUUAAUUAUUAACCCGCGAUUCCAGAUCCAAAGAGACAAAGAUGUCGAAGCAUCUGCUGCAGCUAUAGUAUCAAAGCAGUCAAUAGCAGCGAUGACGGUCCGUGUGCGUGAAGCCAUGACGAAGGCAUUUUGGGACCGCGUGAUUGCGUCUAAUGACAUCGAGACAUUGCUUGCCUGUAUGGAAAAGCUAUGUACGACCUUCAGGGAUGCUCUGGGUGGUGGCACCGCAGUUGGUUCAGGAGUCGCAUUGUCAACGUUGUCGGACCAGGUGGACAUCGCACUGCAUCCAGACAAAUUUCGAGAGCUGGUGCAGGAUCCCAUGAGGAAUCUUCAUGCCAUUCAAGCGCGUUGUCUCAGCGUUUUGGACGCCAUUGAAAGGGCAGAAGCACCAGCUCGAGCUGCGAGCACACGGUUGUUCCGAUCCGACUGGGCUCAGCGAGGUGCGGUUGAUGCAAUGGCCUCAGUCCAGUUGCUGGUAGCUUUCCUUGCUUUUGCUUUGGAUAAGGUUGACGAAUUGCGAGUUGAUGUGCUGAAUGCUCAUCUCGGUCUUCUUGGCGUUUUUCUGCAGCAGUAUGGUGUGGAGUACGAGCAGAAGCAGCUCUACUCUCGGCUGUCAGAAUCGAAAAACAGUAUGGAUAUGAAUUUUGCAAUGACCCGCAAAUGGCUGGAAACGGAAAUGGAAGCCUAUUUAACUCGGCCUGAUGUUGAUGACUUAGAGCGUGCUUGCCUUGUCCGACACGAUGGUGGAGCUUUUAAACGCUUCAUGCGCGCGAGUAUUUGGGCGCUGGUGGUAAGGCAUAUCGAUGAUACUCCCUCUCGUAUCUGGCCAGAGACUUUUGAACUGGAUGUGGAGCGUAUCCGUGCUUGUCGUGAUGCACUUGAUCGCAUCGCAGUUGUUUCGAGCCUACUUGCAUUGGUUCAAGAUUAUGUUGCUCGACGUAGCCUAGCCACUCCUGCAGGAUUUGUUAACGCUGUUGGCAAUCAACUGAGCAGACUGCUGCAAUCACCUGGAAUUACGGGCGUACAGGUUGCUGCCCAAGCUUUUCAGGUUGUUCGUGAGUUCGAGAGCUCGGACGGGGAAAACCGUCAACAAGAGCUGCAAGUCUUGGAAAAGCAGCUGAUCAAUUCCUUUGCUCCUAACAAUCCCGUGUUCAAACUCUUUUUCUCACGAGCGUCUCGCGCUUUCGAGGUUACGUUGCAGCAAGGCAACGCGAUGGAUAAUCUGCAUUCAUCACUGGUACCUUUUGCCACCGAGAUCAGUGAAACCACGUUAAUGCUUCGACGUCUCGCGCAGCACAACGAGAAUGUCUACGUGUCGCUUUACAAUAACAUUAUCAAGCGUCUGGUACCCCCUCCGGUGUAG